AUGUCUCUUAAAUUACAAAAAAGAUUAGCUGCUUCUGUUUUAAAAUGUGGAAAAAAUAGAAUAUGGAUAGAUCCCAAUGAAAUUAGCGAAAUAGCAUUAGCUAAUUCAAGAUUUAGUAUCAGAAAAUUAUAUAAAGAAGGUUUAAUCUUAAAAAAGCCACAGAAAGUUCACAGUAGAGCAAGAGUUAGAUUAUAUAAAUUGGCAAAAAGAAAAGGACGACAUAUGGGUAUAGGUAAAAGAAGGGGAACAAAAAAUGCAAGAACAAAUCAAAAAACUUUAUGGAUAAAAAGACAACGUGUAUUAAGAAGAUUAUUAAAAAGAUUUAGAGAUUCUAAGAAAAUUGAUAGGCAUUUAUAUCAUUCUUUCUAUCUAAAAUGUAAAGGUAAUCAAUUUAAAAAUAAAAGAACAUUAAUUGAAGCUAUACAAAGAGAAAAAGCGGAAACACUUAAAAAGAAAGCUAUAGCAGACCAAUUAGAAGCAAAAAGAUUAAAAGCUCAAGUUUUGAGAAAUAGAAGAAAAUUAAAAAAAGAUAAGGAAACUUUAGUUUAA